GAAGAGGCCGGGGGACACCGCGGGGUCACCCGAGGAUGUGGAGGUCCCCAAGGGGGAGGAGGGAGGGGAUUCGCCCCCAGGGGACUCGGCCGGGGGUGGCAGCGCCACUGUGGCAUUUGGGGACACGGAGGUGGCCGGUGGGGACGCUGGGGAGGACAUGGAUGUGGACAGUGAUGGGGGGGGUGGUGGGGACAGCUUGGAUGGUGUCACUGUCCCCCUUGGGGACAGCCAGGACAGUGUCACCGUGCCCCCUGGGGACAGCCAGGACAGUGUCAUUGUCCCCCUUGGGGACAGUCAGGACAGUGUCACCGUGCCCCCCAGGGACAGCAUGGACAGUGUCACUGUCCCCAUUAGGGACAGCCAGGACAGUGUCACUGUCCCCAUUAGGGACAGCCAGGACAGUGUCACUGUCCCCCUUGGGGACAGCCAGGACAGUGUCACCGUGCCCCCCAGGGACAGCCUGGACAGUGGCAGUGUCACUGUCCCCAUUAGGGACAGCCAGGACAGUGUCACUGUCCCCCUUGGGGACAGCCAGGACAGUGUCACUGUCCCCAUUAGGGACAGCCAGGACAGUGUCACUGUCCCCAUUAGGGACAGCCCAGCUGAGGGAAGUGCCACUGUCACCCCUGUGGACAGUGUCAUUGUCCCCCCUGGGGACAGCCAGGACAGUGUCACUGUCCCUGUUGGGGACAGCCUGGACAGUGGCAGUGUCACUGUCCCUAUUGGGGACAGCCUGGACAGUGGCAGUGUCCCCCCUGGGGACAGCCUGGACAGUGGCAGUGUCACUGUCCCUGUUGGGGACAGCCUGGACAGUGGCAGUGUCCCCCCUGGGGACAGCAUGGACAGUGCCACCAUCCCCCUUAGGGACAGUAUGGACAGUGGCAGUGUCCCUGUUGGGGACAGCCUGGACAGUGGCAGUGUCACCGUUCCCCUUGGGGACAGUCAGGACAGUGUCACCAUCCCCCUUGGGGACAGCUCGGUCAGUGACAGCGUCCCUGGUGGUGCCUCUCCUGGUGGUGGCAGUGUCACUGCCCCCCUUGGGGACAGCCCGGUCACCACUGGUGGCUCUCUUGGUGGUGGCAGUGCCACUGUCCCUGUGUGGGACAAGGCAGAGGUUGGCAGUGCCACCGUCCCCGUCAGGGACAGCUCAGCCAUGGCCAGUGACACUGGGGACAGGCCAGAGGGUGGCAGUGCCACCACCGGGGACAGGCCUGUCACCAGGAGUGCCACCAUUCCCAUCAGGGACAGCUCAGCUGGUGGCAGUGCCACCGUCCCCGUCAGGGACAGCUCAGCCAUGGCCAGUGACACUGGGGACAGGCCGGAUGGUGACAAUGCCACCACCCCUGUUGAGGACAGCCCAGCCAGGGACAGCUCACCCAGGGACACGGGGGACAGGCCUGUCACCAGGAGUGCCACCACUCCCAUCAGGGACAGUCUGGCUGGUGGCACUGCCACUGUCCCCAGUAAGGCCAGCCCAUCCAGUGGCAGUGCCAGCCCUGGGGACAGGCCUGUCACCAGGAGUGCCACCAUUCCCAUAAGGGACAGUCUGGCUGGUGGCAGUGCCACCGUCCCUGUCAGGGACAAGCCGGUCACCAGGAGUGCCACCAUCCCUGCCAAGGCCAGCCUGUCCAGUGGCAGUGCCACCUCUGGGGACAGGCCUGUCACCAGGAGUGCCACUGUCCCUGUCAAGGACAAGUGGCAGUGCCACUGUCCCUGUCAAGGACAAUGCAGCCAGUGGCAGUGCCACUGCUGGGGACAGGCCUGUCACCAGGAGUGCCACCGUCCCCACCAGGGACAGCUCAUCCAGGGACAGUGA